AUGUCGUCCUCGAGCGACGGCGACAGCUCGAGCGACAGCGACGACGCGCUCGUGUUCAAGCGUCCGAGGCAGGUCGUGUGGUCGGACGAGGAGGACGAGAACGCCGGCGCCGCGGGCGGCGCGUUCGGCGGAGGAGGCGACGACCUCGACGACACCUUCGAAAUCUCCCCGUCGAAGCGAAGGCGAACGUCCAUCGGCUCGCGCGCGGAUGUAGCCGCCGGGACGUCCGCCGCCGCCUCCGCGGCGGCGACGAUCACGAGCGAGCUCCUCGCGCCGCCGCCGCCGCCGGCGUCGAACGCGGCCGCGCGAGGGGGGAACCUCGACGCGGAGGCGAGAGAGACGCUGCGACGAAACCGAGAAGCGAUGGACGAGCUGAGACGCGCGGCGACGGAGACGUCCGCUCCGGAGCCGUUCGUGGACGACGACGACCUGGAGAUCAUCGGCGAGGCGGCCGCGGGAGGCGCAGUGGGAGGAGGAGGAGGAGGAGGAGGAGGAGGAAGAGACGACGAUGGCCACGCGCUGUGCGUCGUGAUGCAGACGAGCGACGGGAAGAAGUACGACUUCACGUGCUUCGACGGGCAGACGUUCGCGAGGAUCCUCACCGACUGGCUCGCGACGGAGGACGGCGCGAAAGCCAAGUCGAAGCUCGGGAACCCGCCGGUCGUGAAGUUCGACGGCGACGUCGUGGACAUACGCGUCAAGAGGCCGAAAGACUACGACAUGGAGGACGACGACGUCGUGGAUUUGAGUUGA